ACUAAGAGCUCGCAAUUUUCCAACCGAUUCUGCCUUCUGCUGCUAGCGGAAGACGUAGCACGAUUCCUGGCCACCGAUCAAAGCCCAUUUUUCUUCAAUCCUACUCUUCUUCACCAUAAUUGCCGAAAUCUGGAACUGUAAUUUAAGAGAUCCAUAUGAAUCUCCCGCAGUUCAUGUGGAUCUUCACAUUCGGAAGAAUCGUUGGUCACAGAAAUUGAUACUUGAAAAGUUAUGCUCAGCAGAAGGCGUUUCGCGGAGUUCAUAAUCGGUUUCAAUUCGGAAACCUGGAGAAGGAGAAGCCGACGGUUGUCGAGCAAUUCCGGGAAGAGGUUUGCCGCGGUGUGGGGGAAUGGCGAUUUCGGGAGGCUCGGCCUUGGGACUUUGGAUUCUCAAUGGAGACCUGUUGCGUGUUCUGCCUUUGAACACGAAACACUCAAGGAUAUUGCGUGUGGUGGCGCUCACACUCUGUUCUUAACAGAAUCUGGACGUGUUUAUGCUACUGGUCUUAAUAAUUUUGGGCAGCUGGGCAUAUCAGAUGACAAAAGCUAUUCUACGGAGCCUGUUGAGGUUAAAAUUCAGAAAGAAGCUGUGCAUAUCUCAGCUGGUUAUAAUCACUCCUGUGUUGUUACAGCUGAUGGAGAGUUGUAUAUGUGGGGGAUGAAUUCAAGUGGACAGCUUGGUCUUGGAAAGAGAUCAGCAAAAGCGGUACACCUACCUACUAAAGUAGAUAGCUUAGACGGCAUUGUAAUUAAGAGGGCUGCUUUAGGUUCAGAUCAUUCAAUGGCUGUUACUGAUGGAGGUGAAGUCUUAAGUUGGGGAGAUGGGCGGUCAGGAAGAUUGGGUCAUGGCCAUGAGUCAACUCUUUUGGGGUUUCUGAAAAGCACCAGUGAAUAUACACCCAGGCUAAUUAAAGAACUUGAUGGGAUUAAGGUUAAACAAAUUGCUGCUGGGAUGCUGCAUUCGGCAUGUGUAGAUGAAAAUGGAGCUGUUUUCAUAUUUGGUGAGAGGGCAAUGAACAGAGUGGGCUUUGAUGAGGCAAACAAGGCAACAAUACCAUCUAUUAUCAGCACACUCUUGAACUGCGAAGAAGUUGCCUGUGGUGGUUAUCACACGUGUGUCCUGACAAAAGCUGGAGACCUGUACAGUUGGGGUUCAAAUGAGAAUGGUUGUCUUGGUAAUGGGUCCACAAAUGUCUUUGAUCUCCCUGAAAGAGUCGAAGGUCCUUUUUCGAGGUCCCCUGUAAGCAAGGUAUCUUGUGGUUGGAAACACACUGCAGCAAUCUCAGGUGGUGCUAUAUUCACUUGGGGUUGGGGAGGUUCUCACGGAACUUUCUCUGUGGAUGGUCAUUCGUCUGGGGGUCAGCUGGGACACGGCAGUGAUGUUGACUAUGUGAAACCUAUGAUGGUCGACAUUGGGGAGAAUGUGAAGUCAGUACAAGUCUCCUGUGGGUUCAACCACACCGGUGCCAUACUCGAGUACAAGUGAGUUUUGAUUUCGAACUUUUGACCAUGAGAUGAUACCCUACAUUUCCAGUACAAUAGUAAUAGGUAGAGGCAGUGCUCAUAAUUUGCCAGUCCAAAGUCGUCAUAAUAUGUUUCAUUCCUAUAAAUAAAAUCUUGAAUACAUCUACAGCAUCCCGAGUCAACGAAGAAAAUAACAACUGUAAACUAUAUACGACAUGCUUUACCGGAGUCUAGGAAAAUAAUUAUGAACAUGAGAGAUGUCUUGAAAAUAUUUAUUCAACAUUCAAAUUGAACAUGACUUCUUUGUCAAAACUGUGGACWURGAUAAUGAUCUUGCUAAUUAUUAUUAUUAUUUAUUUUACCAAGGUAAAUGUGCUUGGAUUGUAAAG